CGGCGUGCGGCGACCGGGUCGGAGCGAGUCAGCGACGAGCUCGACACCCUCAACAAACACUACCUGGACAUGGUCGCCGUGGUUACGGAGCGCGUCAACAGCCUCGCCCGCAUCCUAUCACAGGCCAGACGACGUCGACUUCAAGAUAGACCAGGUGUCGCUGAUCAGUCUGAAGACGUUUCGCUCGGACCUGCACAUGCAGCAGAACGGUGACGACAUGCAUGACAAGUUCAGUCCUCUCAUGGCGACGCUCACAAACAAGACAGGUCUGAUGGGAUCGGCUCCCAGCAAGGAGGAAUACGACACAAGCAUGGACGUGACAGACGACACCAGCAGCAACGGGGGCGUGUCGCACGCUCAGCUAACCAUCGCUGACGCCGCCGCCUCGCGCAAACGCGCUCCGCACGCCGAGGUCCUACAACGCUCCGCCGCCGCAGAAGACGAAACAAGUGGCGCCCCCACCUCGUCGUCGUCGGCGAUCGUGCUGAGCGAGGUCGUGUCGCGGAAGCGGCGCGUUGCCGCGGCGACGCUCAUCGUUGCCGUGCGCGGCAUCAAGAACCCGAUGACUGGUGAGGUAGUGAGCGCGGCGGAGGCGUACGCCAUCGGCCUCCUCGACGCGCCGACCGGACAGUUCGUCGACCCGAAAACCGGCCACAAGAUGGCGCUAGCGGAGGCGGCGCGGCGCGGACACAUCGAGAAGGCGCUGCUCGAGAAGCUUAUUGCGAAGCGCGGCAUCCGCGACGUCCAAACAAGAGAGCAGCUGAGCAUCGUCGAGGCGAUCGCGCGCGGCGCGUACGACCCGGCGACGGGGAUGCUGCGGGACGCGCGCUCGGGGCGUCUGCUCGACGUCGACGACGCGGUCGCCGCGGCGAUGGCCGACGCGGACGCCGUCGACGCGAUGGUGGCGGGCGGCGUCGUCCGUCCGGCGCGCAUGAGCGUCGGCGAGGCGAUCGCUCGCGGCUGCCUCAGCGCGCACACGGGAGAGUUCGUCAGCCCGCAGACGGGCGACGCGAUGCCGCUCACGGAGGCUGUCGCGCGCGGACACGUCGCCCUCGACGACGCGCCGCCGUCGCCGGGCGUCGCCCUCGCCGACGCGCUCGCUCGCAACAUGGUCGACAAUCGCACGGGCGCGUUCGUGCACGCCGACACGGGGCAGCGGUGCGCGAUCGACGCGGCGGCGGCGCGCGGCUACGUGAACCCGUACGUGCGCGAGAUCGUCGUCGACGCGGCGACGGGCGAGAAGACGACGACGGCGGAGGCGAUGGCGCGCGGCGUCGUGGACGCGCGCGCGGGGAGGUACGUCGAUCGCUCCGUCGCCGCCGGCAACCAGACGACGAGCCUGUACGUCGCGCGCGAGCGGAUGCUCAUCGUGAAGCCCUACACGCUCAAGGAAGGACUAGACGUCGGGCUCAUCGACGAGCGGCGCGGGCUCUGCACCGACCCGCGCACCGACCGCAAGCUGACGCUGCUGGAGGCAAUCGCCGCGGGCGUCGUCGACGCGGACGCGCGCUGCGUCGUUGCCGCGACGACGGGCGACGUCGUGAGCGUCGCCGCGGCGCUGCGCGCGGGAUUGGUCAACGCGUUCUGCCGAGUCGUCGACGACCGGACGGGCGAGACGCUGCGGCUCGGCGAGGCCGCCGCGAGACGGCUCCUCGUGUCGGGCGCGACGUGUCUCGUGUUCGACCUCGACGACGUCUCGAUCGGCGGCGAGACGAUGUCGUUCAACGCGGCGGCGAACCGAGGCGUCGUCGACACGGCGACGGGACGAGUCGUCGUCGCGGCGACGGGACGGAGGCUGACGCCGGACGAGGCGGCGGCGGCGGGCGUCGUGACGAGACGGCUGCACGCGGCGCUCGCGUGCGAGACGCGAGACCCCGAGGCUGAGACGACCGUCACCGUGUCUCGCGCGAUCGCGAGACGUCUCGUCGACCCCCUCACGGGGAACGUCCUCGACCCCGCCUCGCGCCGCUACGUCACGCUGGCAGAGGGCGCCGCGAUCGGCUUCCUCCCGCGCGACGCGGCCGCCGAACUCACCGAGAAAUUCUUCGUCUUGGUCGCCGACCGGCCCGCCGACGUCGCCGAGGUCACCGCGGAGGUCGCGCCGCCGACCCGCGAGGAACUCGUCGCCAUGGCGACCGCGCUCGGUGCGCCGCGCGAUGGACUCACGCUGAAGGAAGCGAUCGAGCGCGGGAUCGUGGACGCGACGACGGGAGAGUUCCGGGCGCCGCGAAGCGCGCACGUACUCACGCUCGCGGACGCUGUCCGUCACCGGCUCAUCGACGGACGGUCCGCUCUCGUAGCGAACCCGGCGGGGAAGAGCAUGAAGCUGUACAAGGCGCUGAGGAAGGAAGUGUUGCUGGACGCGCGAGGUCACUACACGGGCGCGUCCGGAACGACCUUGACCCUCGCCGCGGCCGUCGAGCAAGGCUACGUCAUCCUCGAGCCGGUGAGCAUGGCGAGGGAGACGCCCGCGGAGAAGGAGAGGGAGGAGCCGGAGGAGGAGAGGACGGAGGUGACGACGACGAGCCUCGUGAUGGCGCGGACGUCGCCGGAGGUCGCCGCCAAGGGGCGCCACGCGUCGGCGAUCGCCGUCGGCUCGCCGGUCGCCGCUGACGUCGCCGCGGCAACCGCGGAGGAGGAGCGCACGAUCAGCUUCUCGGAAAUCUCGUCGCGGAGGCGCGGCAGCAGCAUCGCGCUGCUCGACGCGGCGCGUCUCAGACUCUACGACCCCGUCUCGGGACGCUUCGCCGACCCCACGUCUCGCGAGACGAUGCCGCUCGCGAAGGCGGUGCGCCGCGGCCUCGUCGACCCCUCCAUGCCCGCCUACGUCGACCCGCGUCUCAACCGAGUCGUGACGCUCGCCGAGGCGUUCGAGACGGGCGUCGUCGACGCGCGGACGGGCGUGGCGGCGGCGGCGGGGACGGCACGGCUGCUGCUGCGACAGUGGGCGCGCCCUAACAUCAACGUCGCAGACGCCGUGAAAGUCGGCAUGCUCGACGCGGAGACGGGUCGGUUCUCGCGAGACGGCGAGACGACCACGCUCGGCGAGGCGCUGCGACGCGGCCUCGUCGACGGCGCGGGCGGGACCGUCGUCGACCCGUCGUCGGGCGAGAAGCAGACGCUGGCGGCGGCGAUGGCGGCCGGGCGCGUCGACGCGGCGACGGGUGCGCUACUCGACGCUCGCGGCUCCCCCGUGCUGUCUCUCGGCGACGCCCUGCGGGGCGGACUCGUCGAGAGCGCGUACGAUCGCGAGACGGGCAUGAUGUUCGACGCGGCGACCGGCAACUACAUCUCGCUGGCCGCCGCCAUCGUGUACGCGCACGUCGACGCCGACGCGCUGCUCGUCGUCGACGCCGCGACAAGCGAACAGCUGUCGAUGGACGACGCGGUCGCGCGGGGCGUCGUCGACGACGGCACGGGAGAGUACGUGCAUCGCGCGACGGGCGAGCGGACGUCCGCCGCCGCCGCCGUGCGAGCCGGUCUCAUCUCCGUCGCCGGCGCCCCCGUGUUGUCGGGCGUCGCCAUGACGACCGCUGCGCGGAGGGAGAAGUCUCCGGGGAGGACGACUACUACCAACGGUUUCACGGAGGGAGGACACGCCAUCGAGGAGAUCACGGUGCGUCCGGGGCAGACGGUGUCCGUCGAGAACGUCUCUUCGUUCACCGACAGCCGCAGGACGACGCAAGUCACCGGCGCGACCGUCCUGAAGGGCGUCUCCGCCGCCGAGAUCACCCGCCAGGAGGCGCUGCGUCCCCCGCCGCCGGUCGCGGCGGCGUUCGACGACAUACAGAACGUGCGGGUGGACGCGGCGGCGGGACGAAUCACCGACCUCACGACCGGAGAAGAGAUGUCGUUCGCAGACGCCGUCCACCGAGGCAUCGUCAACGCCGACGCGUCGACCGUGAUGAAUCCAAACACGGGCGUCGCCGUGACGAUAGCUCAGGCGGUCCGCGAAGGUCUCCUGCAUCCGGAGAAGCUCACGAUGAUCGACCGCACCACGGGAGUGACGAUCGAACUCCAGAGGGCGCUGCGCAAGGUCACCGUCGUCGGGCGCCCCGAGGUCGCCACGGUGACGGCGGGCGACAUGAUCGUCGACCCGUACACGGGCGUCGUCACGGAUACGGCGAGCGGAGAGACGUGGAGCCUCGAGGACGCGGCGCGCGCGGGAGUCGUGUCGCCGACGGCAACGACCGUCCGCGACCCGGCGACGGGACGAGAGAUGUCGCUGCGCGCGGCGAUAGAAGCCGGGGUCGUCGACGGCGACACAUACCAGAUCUGCAAUCUACAGACGGGCGAGUACACUUCGCUGUCAGACGCCAUCCGCGCCGGCCUCCUCCCGAAGAUUGCACUGACGACGACGGUGGAGGCUUCGCCGGAGGUCGUGACCCCGGAGGAGGCGCGCGCGCUGGACAUCGACCCGACGACGGGGCGUAUCCGCGACAACCGCACGGGCGAGGAGAUGAGCAUCGAGGAAGCCAUCCGCGCGAACCUUGUCAGCAUCGACGCGACGACCGUCGUCGACCCGGCGACCGGACGCGAGACGUCUCUCGCGGACGCGGUCGCCGCGGGAACGCUCGACGCGCGCACGCUCGAGAUGACGGACGCGCGGACGAGCGCGAAGAUGUCGCUGACGGAUGCCGUCUGCGCGGGACUCGUCGCCAAGGUAACGUUCGUGCGAGAGACGCAGCUGACGAUGACGAUACACGGGACGGUGCGGCGCGACGCCGCGACGGGAGAGUACGUGGAUCCGGCGACGGACGAGCGGAUCACGUUCGGCGAGGCGGUGGCGCGCGGACGGGUCGACCUCGCAGCGUCCGCGAUCCGAGACCCGGCCACGGGUCGCGAGACGCGCCUCGACGACGCGAUCGCGAGAGGCUGGAGGAGGAGCCUCUCGCGCGUCUCCAGCGAGAUGGUGACUCGGACGACGGAGUACACGGCCGCACCGGGCUACCGCGUUCUCGCGUCGGGCGAGGUCGCGAACGAGGUCACGGCGCAGACGUUCAGCAUGGCCGCCGCGCUCGCCGCCGGCCUCGUCACCCAGGGGGCGCCGCCGCCUCAGCCCGCGAUGGAAACGACGCGGACCGUCCGCCGCUCGUUCGCGCAGACGGGCACGGAGGGCGGCGAGUCCGUAAUGGCGGUCGCGCGCGAACCACUAGAUGGCGGUGUCGUCGUCGAGCGGACGACGGACGACGGGGAGCGGUACGAGUAUCGGCAGUCGCGCGCGGUUUCCAUGACGACGACGACGACGAGCAGCAGCAGCGAGGUGGUCGGCGAGAGAAGAAGCAACGAGGGGAGGAGCGUGGAAUACACGGUGGUGCCUCGCUUCACCGACAUCAAGGAGGAGGUCGAACAGAGGUCGGAGGUCAUAGACAACGGCCGACCGCCGCCGCGCGAGGAGAAGGAGAAGAAAGAGAAGCCGAAAAGACCGCCGCGCAAGAAGAAGACGCCGCCGCCGAAGGAGGAGGAUGAGGAGGAGGAGGAGGAGACUCGCCACGACACGUGGGAGGUCGUGCACACGCGGCGCGCGGAGGAGAAGGUCGACGAGGUCAGCAAGAGAGUCCCUCCCGCCGCAGUGGAGACGCGGAGGAAGAAGCCUCUUUCGUCGGAGGAGGAGGCGCAGCAUGAGGAGUACGAGGUGGUGACGAAGAAGAAGCUCAAGCAGGAGUUUGUCCUCGGCGACGAGAGGGUCUUCGAGGAGGAAGCCAAGAUCGUGGAGCCUCCUUCCGCGCGCACCGUAGAGGAGCAGCGGAGAGAGGCGCCGAAAGAGGAGGAGGAGUACGACGUGAUCCACACGGUAAGGAAGACUCAGUGGGUCGACAUUCCAGAAGAAAAGAGCUUCGAGAAGGAGAUCGAGUUUGAGUUCGUAGAAGGAAGGUCGGAACCGGAGAAGGUAAAGGAAGAUAUUCAAGUGGAAACGCGAGAGACCCGCACAAUCAUCAGAGAGGAAAAAUUCUUCGACGGCGAAACAGAGUUGAAGUUUAUGCGUGGAAUGACGGAACCGGACGAACGGUCCGCGGUGGAGGGAAACCGCGAAGAGGAAACCAGGGAGGUCCGCUCCCUGUUCGGAGAGAGCUCUACCGACACCGUCGACCACGCGUCGAGGGAGGCGCCGCGGACGGAGGAGGAGAAGGAGGAGGAGGUGCGCUACGAAGAAUACGACGUCGUCCACAGAAGGAGACAGGAGAUCACAGUCACGCAGGACGAGGCCGCGCAGAAGGAAGCCGAGUUCACGCUCCCGACGAAGAGAGAAGCCAACGCUGCACGAUUGGUCGCGGAGGAGAAGCCGAGAGAGGAAGCCGAGGAGAGGUUCGAGGAAUAUGACGUCGUCCACAGAAGAAGACAGGAGAUCACCGUCACACAGGACGAGGCCGCGCAGAAGGAAGCCGAGUUCACGCUCCCGAAGAGGAGAGAAGCCAACGCGGUCACGAAGAAGGAGGAGAAGCCGAGAGAGGAAGCCGAGGAGAGGUUCGAAGAGUACGACGUCGUCCACAGAAGGAGACAGGAGAUCACCUUCACACAGGACGAGGCCGCGCAGAAGGAAGCCGAGUUCACGCUCCCGACGAAGAGAGAAGCCGUUGCGGUCACGAAGAAGGAGAAGAAGCCGAGAGAGGAAGCCGAGGAAAGGUUUGAGGAAUACGACGUUGUCCACAGAAGGAGGCAGGAGAUCACCGUCACACAGGACGAGGCCGCACAGAAGGAAGCAGAGUUCACGCUCCCGACGAAGAGAGAAGCCAACGCUGCACGAUCGGUCGCAAAGGAGGAGGGAAAGCCGAGAGAGGAACCCGAGGAGAGGUUCGAGGAAUACGACGUCGUCCACAGGAGAAGACAGGAGAUCACCUUCACGCAGGACGAGGCUGCGCAGAAGGAAGCAGAGUUCACGCUCCCGAAGAGGAGAGAAGCCGACGCGGUCACGAAGAAGGAGGAGAAGCCGAGAGAGGAAGCCGAGGAGAGGUUCGAGGAAUACGACGUCGUCCACAGAAGAAGACAGGAGAUUACCGUCACACAGGACGAGGCCGCGCAGAAAGAAGCCGAGUUCACGCUCCCGACGAAGAGAGAAGCCGGCGCUGCACGGUCGAUCGCGCAGGAGAAAAAGGAGAAGGAGAAGAAGAAGCCGGGAGAGGAAGCUGAGGAGAGGUUCGAGGAGUACGACGAGGUGCGCCGCACGACGACGACGCAGGAGGUGACGAUCGGCGAGGAAGCGAGAGCCGACCUCGAGCGACAACGGGAAGAGUGCAUGGCCGCGCUCGAACGACGAUUCAGCGUGGACACCGACGCCGUCGUCAUGACGGACCGAUCCACGGGAAAAUCCCUCACCCUCAGAGAAUCGGUCGACGCCGGCCUCCUCGACCUUACUACGGGGGAGGUUGUCGAUCAGUCGACCGGCGCGAUGAUCUCGAUCGGAGACGCCGCGAAGGAAGGCAUCUUCGACGCGGAGGUGUCCGAACGCGUGCAGCUGUCCGUGAAAGCUACGGCGGCGACGGGGAAGCCCGGGGAGACGCGGACGAUCGAGGAGAUGAUGAGGGAAGGGGUGCUCGACGCGAGCACGGGGCAGUAUGUCGACGCGGCGACUGGUAAGCGCGUGUCGCUCAAGGAAGCCAUCGACGCGGGCGUCGUCGAUGCCGACGCCGUCAUCUUCGUGCAUCCGGUGACGGGUGACGCGUUGACGCUGGCGGAAGCGGCGGAGCGAGGACUGGUCGACUUGGACACGGGCAUGGUCGUCGAUCCGAAAACGAAGAAGCAAGCGUCGUUGGCAGAUAGUGUGGAUAUCACAACAGUUGAAGAUUUGAUGAAAGAGGGAAGAGUUGACCCUAAGACAGGAAAAUACAUCGAUGCUACAACAGGAAAGAGAAUGUCCAUGAAAGACGCCAUAGAUGCUGGUCUGGUAGAUGGAGACAAGGUUCUGUUUGUCCACCCAGUAACAGGAGAGACAAUGUCGUUAGCAGAAGCAGCUAAGAAGGGACUGAUCGACUUAGACACAGGCAUGGUAAUUGAUCCAAAAACCAAAAAGCAAGCGUCGUUGGCAGAUAGCAUAGCUAUAACAACAGUUGAAGACCUCAUGAGAGAGGGUAGAAUUGAUCCCAAGACAGGAGAAUACAUCGAUGCUUCAACAGGAAAGAGAAUGUCCAUGAAAGACGCCAUAGAUGCUGGUCUGGUAGACGGAGACAAGGUUUUAUUUGUUCACCCAGUAACGGGAGAGACAAUGUCGUUAGCAGAAGCAGCUAAGAAGGGACUGAUCGACUUGAACACAGGCAUGGUAAUUGAUCCAAAAACCAAAAAGCAAGCAUCGUUGGCAGAUAGCAUAGAUAUAACAACAGUUGAAUACCUCAUGAGAGAGGGAAGAAUUGAUCCCAAGACAGGAGAAUACAUCGAUGCUUCAACAGGAAAGAGAAUGUCAUUGCAAGACGCCAUAGAUGCUGGUCUGGUAGACGGAGACAAGGUUCUGUUUGUCCACCCAGUAACAGGAGAGACAAUGUCACUAACAGAAGCAGCUAGGAAGGGACUGAUUGAUUUAGACACGGGCAUGGUCGUUGAUCCAAACACGGGAACACAAGCUUCCCUCGCGCAGUCGGUCGGCGUGCGAACGCUCGAAGAACUCUUCGCGGAAGGCUGCAUCGACCCCAAGACGGGCGAAUACAUCGAUGCUUCAACAGGAAAGAGAAUGUCAUUGCAAGACGCCAUAGAUGCUGCAUCGUGUAUCGCGGUCGCCGCGGCGACGGGCGCGACGACGAGCCUCGCGGAGGCGGCGCGCUCGGGACGCGUCGACAUGGAAACGGGCGCGGUCGUCGACGAGAAGACGGGCGAGCGUGCACCGCUCUCCUCCGCCGUCGCCGUGACGACGCUCGCCGACAUGAUGCGGGAGGGCAUCGUCGACGCGGCGACGGGAGAGGUCGUCGACCCGGCAACGGGGAAGAGGAUGUCGCUGCGGGAAGCCAUCGACGCCGGGAUCAUCGAUCCGGAAAACGUCAUCUGCGUUCAUCCGUCGACGGGAGAGACGAUGACGUUGGCGGACGCCGCGAAGCGAGGGUUGAUCAAUCUCGACACCGGCAUGUUCAUCGACCCGAAGACGAAGAAGAAAUCGCCGCUCGCGCGCGGGGUCGGGAUUGCGACCUUGGACGACCUCGUCGCCAGCGGCCGCGUCGACCCACGCACGGGCGAGUACGUGGACCCGGCGAGCGGACGCAGGAUGGCACUACGCGAGGCGAUCGCUGCGGGAACGCUCGACCCACGCUCCGUCGUGUUCACGCAUCCCGCGACCGGAGAGGUCAUGACCUUGGAGGAAGCGGCGCGGCGCGGGCUCAUCGACCUCGACACGGGAGCGAUCCUCGAUCCGGCCACGGGCGCGGCGUCGACCCUCGCUGAACUACGUCGAGAGCCGUUCGCGACGUUCCAGGAGGCGCUAGCGAAGGGAGCGUACGAAGCGCCGCGGCGGCGAUUCGUCGACGUCAACACGCGCGUUCCAGCGUCGAUCACGGACUCCCUCGCGAGCGCCGGAUGCAACCCCAACGACGUCUACGUGCGGGACCGGGAGACGGGAGAGAUCCGGCCGCUCCAGACCGCCGUCGCCGACGGCACCCUCGACCCCAAGACGGGAUCGGUCCGGGAUUCCGCGUCCAACAGGAAGAUUCCCUUCGAGCAGGCAGUGAAGGAAGGACGAGUCUUCGGCGCCGCGCUGCCGGUGCCGCUCAACGAAGCGAUCGAGAAAGGCAUCUACGAUGCCGCCAGGGGGCGCUGCACAGACCCGCGGCGCGGCGAGGAGGUCAACCUCGGCGAGGGGGUCGCUCGUGGGGUCGUCGACGACAAGAGAACGCUGCUGCGCGAGUCUGCGACCGGCGCCGUGGCGACGCUUCGCGACGCGAUCGCCGGGGGAGCCGUCGACGUGCGCACGGGCGCCGUGACGACGGGUACCCACGGCGACAUGUCGCUCGCAGACGCAGCAUCCACCGGCGCCGUCGUCGUCGCGGCAACCCCCGCCCCGCUCUCGGAGCUCGUCGAGCUCGGACUGUGGGAUUCCAACGUGGGGAGAAUGCGCGAUCCGGAGAGCGGAGACGACGUCACCCUCGACGACGCGAUCGCGCGUAACAUCGCGCGCGCAGACGCCGGCGCUGCGACGCGGGGCUGCUCGAUCUGCCGCGUGCUCACGUGCGCGACCCCGCCGCGGAGGGCGCCACGUGCGGCAAGCAGGAGAGGCAUCGACGCGGCUUUCCCUCCGGGCGCUGGGCGGGGACAGUAG